AUGUUAGAGUCGAUGGAAAUGGUCGACCCAAGUAAGGUGAUCGAGGAAUUUGAAGCAAUGACAAAAGAUGCUGAAAGGAUACAGAGAGAGACCCUUAAGAAGAUCUUGGAAGACAAUGGGUCGGCUGAGUACUUGAGGGAUCAAGGUCUAGAUGGCAGAACCGACCCAGACAGUUUUACUGCUUGUGUUCCGCUGGUGACUCAUAAGGAGUUGGAGUCUUACAUUCACAGAAUUGCUGAUGGGGACUCUGCCCCGGUUCUCACUGGAAGGCCUAUAACCACCAUAUCUUUGAGUUCUGGUACUUCUCAAGGGAAGCCCAAACUUUUACCUUUCAAUGAUGAAUUGAUGGAUACAACCCUGCAGAUAUACAAAACUUCUUUUGCCUUUAGGAGCAGAGAGUUCCCACUAGGCAAAGGGAUGGCCUUGCAGUUCAUUUACAGCAGCAAGCAGGGGAAAACAAAGGGAGGGUUGGUGUCAGGAACAGCUACAACAAACGUGUUUCGCAAUGCUUUAUAUAAGCAGGCAAUGAGGGCUCUUCAGUCCCAGUGUUGCAGCCCAGAUGAAGUCAUAUUUGGGACUGAUUUUCAGCAGUCGUUAUAUUGCCACCUAUUGUGUGGCCUUAUCUUCAGGGAAGAAAUUCAGUUUGUGUGUUCUACUUUUGCCCACAGCAUUGUCCUUGCUUUCCGGACCUUUGAGGAGGUCUGGCAAGAGCUAUGCAGCGAUAUAAGGGAAGGGGUCCUCAGCAGCCGGGUCACUACCCCAUCAGUUAGAGCAGCGAUGCUGAAGUUACUUAAGCCCGACCCUGAAUCGGCUGAUCUCAUCUAUGAGAAGUGCGUUGGAUUGAGCAAUUGGUAUGGGUUGAUACCACAGCUUUUCCCUAAUGUGAAGUACGUUUAUGGGAUCAUGACGGGGUCGAUGGAGCCUUAUCUGAAGAAAAUGAGGCACUAUGCAGGGGACAUCCCUUUGUUAAGUGCUGAUUAUGGUUCUUCGGAAGGAUGGAUAGGAGCAAAUGUCAACCCGAAAUUACCCCCUGAGCUUGCUACUUUUGCUGUGCUCCCCAACAUUGGAUAUUUUGAGUUCAUCCCUCUUACAGAAAAUCCCAACCACAUCUAUAUGGACGCGAAACCUUUGAGUCUGACUCAAGUGAAGGAAGGCGAAGAGUACGAGGUGGUCCUCACUAGUGUGGCAGGUUUGUACAGGUACAGGCUCGGAGAUGUGGUGAAGGUGGUGGGGUUCCACAACUCGACCCCGAAACUGAAGUUUGUGUGCAGGAGGAACCUAUUGCUUUCCAUAAACAUCGACAAGAACACCGAGAAAGAUCUGCAGGUGGCUGUAGAGGAAGCAGCCAAGCUGCUGGCUGAAGAGAAGCUGGAAGUCGUGGACUUCAGCAGCCUGGUGGAGAAAGAUUCAUCGUCGGAGCCGGGGCAUUACGUCAUCUUCUGGGAGAUCAAUGGGGAACCGAGCGAGGAAGUGUUGGCAGAGUGUUGUAGUCAGCUAGACAAGUCGUUCGUCGAUCUGGGCUACGUUAGUUCGCGGAAGGUGAAAGCCAUCGGACCGUUGGAACUCCGGAUAGUGAGGAGGGGAACCUUCCAGAAGAUUCUGGAUCAUUACCUGGAAUUGGGAGGUGCUGUGAGCCAGUUCAAGACCCCCAGGUGUGUCGGGCCGAUGAACAAGGUUGUGUUGGAAAUCUUGUGCAGCAAUGUUGCUCAGACUUACUUCAGUACUGCUUAUGAUUGA